AUUGCCAUCGCCCCUUCACUGCUGUUCAGAUUGAAAUUUCUAUUUAUUUACGAAAUUGCCACCGCACUGUGUGCAAUACUUUUCCGUCUGUUCCAUCCUCUCUUUCAUACCCUCUUUCUCUCCCGACUCUCUCUGUAAACAUCCAUCAAAUCCCCCCAUCCCUCCCUUUUCUCACUUUGUAACUUCCCUCAGAUCCCUCACCGAUUCUCUCUCUCGCCAUUCUCAGUCUCGCCAGCCGCGAACUCCUUGACGGCUCGCCAUUCUCACUCUGUAUGUUCGGCUGAGAGAACUCAUUCAACCGCAGAAACGAGGUGUGAAGAAACGAUCGGAGGAAGUGGGAAAUGGCGAGUGCAGUGGACCCAAUUUCAUGGCAGGUAACCAUCUUCAGUUUUUCGGUUUGAUUUAAAGGGAUUUUUUAGGUAGAAAAGCUAGGGCUUUCCGUACCCACUCAGAAGUUUGUACUGCCUCAUCAUUAGAACUGUUUCCUUUUGCUCUUCUUCUCGAAACAAGGUUGCAGAUCCACAGGCCAUCAAGAUAAUUUGGUUCAUGCUAAAGUUAUUGAAAGUACGAUGGAACCAGUGAUCUUUCAAAAAGCUACGAAAACUUUGCCUACACUGUCCUACACUGUCCAUCUCUGUUCUCCGCUAUCCGUCAUUGUAAGGGUGCUCUGCAAGAAGGCCAAGGAAAUAUUAAUGGAAGAAAACAAUGUCCAGCCUGUAAAAAGCCAUGUAACUAUCUGUGGUGAUAUUCAUGGACAAUUCCAUGAUCUGGCGGAGCUUUUCCACAUUGGAGGAAAGUGCCCAGAAACAAACUAUUUGUUUAUGGGAGAUUAUGUGGACCGUGGCUAUUAUUCAGUUGAAACAGUGACUGGUUUUGAUCAAUGGCAAGCCCAAAAGGCCUUACUAUCUGCCUCUGGAGGUAUGCCAGCUAUGAAAAAAUACCAGUAUGAUGAUGAUCCUGUGCUUGCUACAUGUGGUAUUUCUAUAAAUAAGGACUUGACUCAGGUCAAGGGCGGUGUUCUUGAGACUCCGAAGUGGGUUGGUCUGAAUUGCAGGAUUAUUAAGGUCUGGAAAAGUUGUAGCCUGAGAUGGACCAACUAUCAGAGGCCAAACUUGAAGAGAGGUGUGGGAUUUAGUUUCAUGCCAGGGGUUGUAAUGGGUGGAUUGGAUGUGUGCAUGGAAGAUGAGAAGACGAUCUUCAUGUCCCUCGAAACUUCGGGAAGCUCGAUGAUUCGUCUAUGUUUCGCAAACAGGUGUUGA